CGGCUUUGGGACAGAACAUUGAUUUGGUAACAAAAUUCUUCAACACAAGAAGCUUUUUCAUAAUAGAAUCAUUUGAGGCAAUCUCCUUCAUGUUCAUCUCAUACAUAAGCACAGCUCAAGUGGACAUGGGAGUUAUAAAGCGAGGAGGCAAGCUCGCAAUCAUCAAUGGUUUCUCUCUUUUUCUGUUUCCCUAUGUGGUGGGCGCCAUAGCUUGUACAGUAAUCACGAGCAACAUCCAUGGAACCGUGGCGAAAAAUAAGCCCGAGCAGCUCCAUGAUUUACUGACAAACCAAUCUGUAGUGUAUUUUCAAGUGGCGUAUUCGGUUUUGUCGAAUCUCAAGAUGCUAAACUCGGAGCCGGGAAGGUUAGCCCUAUCCUCCAUAAUGGUGGCUAACUGCUUCGGCUGGGGUUUUUUCCUCCUUUUAAUUACCUUUAACAGUUUCUUGCAACACAAUUAUUCCAAGGCCACUUAUAUGCCUACCUUCACAAAGGUACUACUGCUCGUUGGUAUAGUAGUUGUGUGCCGACCAAUAUUCAACUGGAUAGUGAAGAGAACACCUGAAGGAAAGAAACUGAAGGCUUCCCAUCUAUGCACCAUCUGCGUCAUGUUGUGCACCGCUACUUUCCUGGCUGAAACCGUAGGGUUUCCUUACAUAGUCGGAUCCGUAGCUCUUGGUCUUGUCACUCCAAAGACGCCUCCUCUCGGUACUGGUCUCACAGACAAGAUCGGUAGCUUCUGUUAUGCGGUUCUUAUGCCGUGUUACGUCAUUGGGAUUGGUAACAAAGUCGAUUUCUUUUCAUUCCAUCUACGCGACGUCAUAAGUUUGGAGUUGCUUUUCCUUACCAUUAGUUCUGCAAAGUUUGCCUCCAUCCUCCUUCCAUCUCUUUACUUCAAAGUUCCUUUAUCACACGCCGUGAUUGUCGGGUUCAUCGUCUGCAUACAAGGGAUCUAUGAUGUCCAAAUCUUCAAACAGCUGUUGAACUACAAGAAUAUAAGCCAGGAAGCAUUUGGGAUAAUGGUGAUCUCUGCCAUGGUUCACUCGACCAUUUUCUCGACCAUAGUCAAAAACCUUCACGGCUGGGUGCAGCGGAAACACAUCACUUAUCGGCGACAAACCGUUCAGCACUACGCACCGAACAGUCCUCUCAAGAUCCUCACUUGUUUCUACCACCGCGAAAGCGUUCCUUCCAUCCUCACCGUCUUGGAGCUCUCUUCUUGUAUGUCAAGCGCCUCUUCGCUCUCCAUUGUUUCCGUCAAUCUCGAAGAGCUUGAGCGCCAUAACGUCCCUCUUCUUAUUCAACACCAUUCAGGUCCCAUCGACCAUGCUGGUCACAACGACGAGUCGUCAAUAUCCUCCAGCCGCAGAGAUCAGAUCUCCAAAGCCUUCGAGAAAUUUCAAAGCGGACACGAUUUGCAAGAAAACGUUUCGGUCGAAUGUUUCACAGCAGUUGCACCGAGCAAGACGAUGCACGAGGACGUAUGUACCUUGGCCUUUGACAAAGGAACCGAUCUCAUCAUUAUCGGGAUUGAGGACGGGACUGCAGCAGAACGAAGGCUCUGUCGCAACGUCCUGAAUGUCUCACCUUGCUCCGUUGCGGUUCUAAUGGACCAAGGACGGCUUCCAGAUUUCAAGAACAUGGGAACCACGAUGAAGAACGGCUCAAUGAGAAUCAACGUCUGUUCGAUAUUCCUCGGUGGAGCAGACGACCGUGAGACGCUGGCGUUUGCGGUUAGGUUGUCAAACCACCCUUGCGUAAACCUAACCGUUCUUAAACUUGUCGACGGAGAAAACGUCUCACACCUAAACGACGUCAUAGAGAGAAGACUCGAUUUCAGAACCAUGGAAAAAUUCCGUCAAGACACCAUGAACAAACACAAUGUCUCUUUACGAGAGGUAUGGAUAAAGGAAGCGAGUGAUCUGGUGAACCUACUGAGAGAAGAAGGUAACAAUUACGAUUUGAUAAUGGUUGGAAUCAGACACGAAGAAAGUUUUCAAGUGCUUCAAGGAUUAUCGGUAUGGAGUGAGAUCGAGGAGCUUGGAGAGAUCGGAGAUCUGCUCGUUUCCAGUGAUCUCAAGCUCACUGCAUCGGUUUUGGCUGUACAACAACAACUCUCCUCCGUCGUCGAGGAGGCUUAAUGGCAUAGAGCAUUUGUAAU